AUGACAAAGUCACAAAUCAAAAUUUGGUUAGAUGCUGAUGUUGGAAAUGACGAUGCGUUUGCGAUCUUGUUAGCAAUAUUCAAUCCCAGAUUCAAGCUUUUAGGAAUAUCAACAGUUCAUGGAAAUGCUCCAACAGAAAUGACCACGCAUAAUACUUUAGUUGUUUUAGAUCUAUUGAAUGUCCAUGAUAUCAAAGUUUAUAGAGGUGAAGAAAAUCCAUUAUUUGUUGAGCCUACCUACGCAUUAAAUGUUCAUGGUAAAUUUGGAAUUGGAGGUAUCCAUAUACCUGAAACUACUAAAAAUCAGGUUGAAGAGGGAGAGAAUUAUUUACAAGCAAUGUAUAAAGCUAUAUGUGAAAAUGAAGGUGAAAUUUGUAUAGUAAGCACUGGUACUUUAACAAAUAUAGCCAAAUUAAUUGAAAAGUAUCCUGAUGUGGUCGACAAGAUUAAAUAUUUAUCCAUAAUGGGAGGAUCGUUUGGUUUUGGAAAUAUUACACCAUUCGCAGAAUUCAAUUUUCACACUGAUCCUCAUGCAAUUCAAUUUGUUUUGAAAAAAUUUAAACAAUCAAAAAUUAUUUUGUCACCAUUGAAUUUAACUCAUAAAGUUAUUGCCACAGAGCAGAUACGAAAUGAUUUUUAUAAUGAACUAAACCCUAAAAAAAACAGUAAAUUGAGGGAAUCAUUUUUCGAUAUUUUGAUGUUUUAUAGUUUAACCUAUAAAAAAGAGAAUGAUAUGAGCUUAGGGCCGCCCUUGCAUGACCCAAUUGCUGUAUAUAGUUUGUUACCAUUUAUGGAUAACAACUUUAAAGAAUACGGGUAUAUUUUUACGAAGAAAAAAUUAAACGUUGAAAUUAAUGAUAAUGAAAGGUUGGGAGAAUGUAUUUACAUAAAUGAAGAUGACGAGGAUUAUAAUCAGGAAGGCGUCAACAUCGGGGAGAAUCUAGAUACCCACAAAUUUUGGAGAAGUCUUCUCAAUUGUUUGCAUAGUGCUGAUAUCAAUGUCAAUAAGGGUUCAAAUUUUCCAGAAUUAUAG